AUGUAUAGCGCAGUCGACAAGGAACUGGCCAGGUUAGAAAAACUCAAUAUCAUCACACCGGUCGAUUAUUCAGAAUGGGCAGCGCCGAUCGUCGUAGUCCGCAAAGCAAAUGGCAACAUCCGAAUUCGCGGAGACUAUUCAACAGGUCAAAACUCCGCUUUGCAGCCUCAUCAGUAUCCACUGCCACUCCAGGAAGACAUCUUUGCCAAGCUGGCUAACUGCAAAAUAUUCAGCCAGAUUGAUCUUUCGGACGCUUUUCUACAGGCGGAAAUCGACGAACAGUACCGUCAUUUACUGACAAUUAACAUACACCGUGGUCUUUACCACUAG